UCCCACCACCAAUCAUCCCUGUAAUCGAGCGUCGAGCUGCGUGAUUUGACUGCGCUGCGCCUCUGCAAUUACGCACGUUUUUUUUUUUGGAUAGAUGGGAAUGUCAGUAAACAACACGGCGAAGAAGAAGAAGGCUGGCACGGGCUCGCCUCUGCCCCUCACCCGCUACAAGUUGUGAGGAUCUGCGCUGUUUUUGGACGCGUGUUGGGGACGAGGAGGGGAGGAGAAGGCGCUGUGUCUGUGUGUUGUUUAUCAAAAAUGACUCGGAAAGGCUGGAGCUGCGGAUCUGCGUUCACGACUCCACGAGCGACGCACGAGCCAAACCAGCUGAAAUAGUGAAAGUGCGAGCCCGGGCUUCUUAAUGCACGUCUCAGUGGAGUCGCGUGGCCAUGGACCCAUUCAGCCAGCUCAUCCUCACCAUCUCGGUGACAAGUUUCUUCAGUUUCCAGUGGCUUUUCCACAAAGUCAGCCCCUGGAUAUCGCUACGCAUCAGUCCAGGAUUCAUCAGCCUCACUGACAAGCAGAAGGUGGAGUGGAACUCAAGGACAGUAUCGACCUUUCACGCUUUGUUAGUCGGGCUGUUCUGUCUUUACAUCUUGUUCUUCGAUGAUGCUGUCAAUGAAGACCCAGUUUGGGGAGAUCCUACAUUAGUGAAGACUAAUGUUGCCAUUACAACUGGCUACCUCAUUUCUGAUCUGCUGCUAAUAUUUUACUAUUGGAAGGCGAUAGGCGACAAGUUUUUUGUAGUUCACCAUCUGGCAGCGUUGUAUGCUUACUACUAUGUACUGGGUCAAGGGAUGUUGCCUUAUUUUGCUAACUUCCGCCUGUUAGCAGAAUUCUCCACUCCAUGUGUUAACCAGCGUUGGUUCUUUGAGGUCCUAGGAUACCCCAAGUCCUCCCGACCCAACAUGGCGAACGGCGUUGCUAUGGCAGUGGUGUUUUUCAUGGUCCGUAUCGCCGUCAUCCCGGUGUACUACAGCCGUAUGUACGCUGUGUACGGCACCGAGGCCUUCUACCUGGUGCCGUGGGGCGGGCGAGUGGCCUGGAUCGGUUCCAGUAUCUGUUUGGACAUUAUGAACGUCAUGUGGAUGCACAAAAUAGCGAGAGGCUGCUACAAGGUUCUUCGAUCAGCGCGGAAAAAUAAAGUAGAUACAUUGCAGGAAAAUGGAAAAUCGGAUUAAGAUGACGGAUCCGAUGCUCGAAAUGAGACACAAACUUACCGAAUGUAAACGGAGGAUAAGGGAAGUCCCAUACAGUGUGAAAUGUACGUGAAUGGACCACCAACCCGGCCAAACAUAAGCCAUGAAACAACCUCUUAGCAAUACUCUGCAUGGCCAGCUUGUUUCAUGAGAACGCUAGCAGGAGGUUGUACACAGACUAUGGACGGAUUUACCCAAAACACACACAAACUGUCAAAAAGUUUACGGUUCUUAUUAGUGUUCCUUUUAAUAUAUUUAGAGAAACUUUUAAUGUCUGCUUUUUCUAAUAUCAUCAUAACCUGUCCAUGUCCACAGGUCAGAUGUGUUGGAGAAGUUAAUGUUGAUGCAGCAGUCACAGUGAUCCUUGAAACUGAUUGGAUGGUGCCAUAAACUCUUCUAUUUUGUGGGAUAAUUUUGCUGUUUUUUCCGAUUCAGUUUUGCCAAGCUAUGAAUUAAUUUAUUAUGUGGUCUGAGUAAUGUUUUUUACAGAUUCAACACGAUGAUCACUUUAUUAUUUUAGCUGUAUCUUUUUUUCUAUGUUUUUUGCCUUGCUGGGAUCAAGGCGUUCAUACAUUUAUUUAACAUGGAAAGUUAACACAAUGAUGCAAUAAUUUAUGUCCCUGAAAACCUCCUGGUAUGGGAUUUAGAGAGUUGUUAGC